AUGCUGGCGAGCCAGCUGCUGCUCCCGCUGCUGGUGCUCCUGCUAUCGCCGCCCGCGCCCGCGCCCGCGCCCGCCCUCGUCGCCGCCGCCGCCCCCGCCGCCCCCGAGGUGCGCGCCGCCGAGGAGGGCCUGCUGGCGCUGCUGGGGCUUCGGCGCCGGCCACGCCCCCGCCGCCGCGGCGCCGACCCGCCGCACGUGCCGCAGGCCAUGCUCGACCUCUACCAGCGCCAGCGCGCCAGCGGGCUGGACUCGGCGGCGCUACCGCUGCCCGGCCGGCUCACGCGCCACGCCAACACCGUGCGCAGUUUUGUGCACGUCGAGCGCGACGCGGACGCGUCCGCCCCGAGCGAGCACCGCUUCCGGCUGAGCUUCGACGUGCGGUCGAUCCCGGCGGCGGAGGCGCUGACGGCGGCGGAGCUGCGGCUGGCCGUGCGCCACCACGCGGGCGACGGGCCCGGCGAGGCGCGUCGCGUGCUGGUGCACGACGUGGUGCGGCCGGCGCGCCGCGACUCGCCGCCGCUGCUGCGCCUUCUCGACACGCGCCUGCUGCCGCCCCCGCCCGCGCCAACGCCCCCGCACGCGCCCGCCCGCCGCCGCCGCCAGCGCCGACGCGCGGGCACCGGCCACGGCGACGAGCAGGAGGAGGAGGAGGUGGUGGCGGAGGCGGUGCUGGAGCUGGACGUGCUGCCGGCGGUGAAGAGGUGGCGGGAGACGCCGCGAGGCAACCACGGGCUUCUGGUGGAGGUGACGCUGGCGGAGGCGCAGGCGCCGGCGACGGAGGGCGGCGCGGGCGCGCGCGUGCGGCUGCGGCGCGCGGCGGGCGAGGCGCACGCCGACUGGCUGCGCGUGCGCCCGCUGCUGCUUGCCUACACGGACGACGGGCGCAACGCGCGUGCGCGCGCCCCGCCCGCACGACACGGCGGCGGCGGCGGCGGCGGCGGCGGUGGCCGCGCCAAGCGAGGCUCCGGCCACCGCUUCAAGCCCGCCCCGCGCGACACCUGCCGCCGGCGACCGCUCUACGUCGACUUCGCGGACGUCGGAUGGAGCGACUGGAUCGUCGCGCCGCAGGGGUACGACGCCUUCUACUGCCAGGGGGAGUGCCCGUUCCCGCUGCCGGCGCACAUGAACACCACCAACCACGCGGUGGUGCAGACGCUGGUGCACUCGCUGAACCCGUCGGCCGCGCCGCGCCCGUGCUGCGUGCCCACACAGCUCUCGUCCAUCUCGCUGCUCUUCCUCGACGACGAAGACAAGGUGGUGCUCAAGAACUACCAGGACAUGGCGGUGAUCGGUUGCGGCUGCCGAUAAACGGACGAGAAAUGUUCGCCCAAAGGACGACUAACGUUUCGUGACGUUGUGUAAAGUGUUCGCCAUUCUGUGUUUGGACACAGUCAUCAAAUUAUGUACGCGUGGAUGACGACUCACGUGAAUGUGCGGACGGACUAGGAGGUGAAGAAGAUUAAGUUAUUUUCGAUGUGGGUGCAAACGUUACAAGUGCAAAGCGUUCUUUAAUCGGAUAUUUAUCGCGCAAAACUUUUCUUAUGCCAAUUUUAGUAACUGCUCAAAUAUAAUUGUGUUUGUGAUGGUGCAUUGAGACAAUUAGAACUUAGUGUGAACGACUACAGCAUCUGUAGGAGAGAAUGUGAUAAAUCAAGGUUACUUUCAAUUAAAGUAAUCAUGAAUGUACAUAACCGUAGGUUAAUUUCAUAUAUUGCUGCGUAUUGAAACUGUUUAAAAAACAAUUAAAGAAAACUACCCAAGUAUAUGUUUGUGACUUAUGUUUACUGUAUGUGACGGUGCAGAAUGACUGAGGGAGGGUCACGUUAUGAAAUUAAUUUGUUUCUAGUGAUGCAAUUGUAGCGAGUUUAAAGAAACAAACGGGAAAUUGUUUUGAUGUUGCGCAAAGUACUUUUGACUUGCAUGCCAGCUGAGAUAAUUUGACAGAUUAUCCUAAUGCAAGGAUGAUAAUGGGAAUGUUCUUCAAUUGAUUGAUGUCUCUUACGCGAAUGCCUUUGGUGGAAGUGGAUAACGUAAGAUUGGGAUUCCUGAUCUUUGAAAGCAGACGCGAUCGACGAGCUCCAUAAUAGUGAAACUACCGGUGAUGUCAGCGAGUGGUUGACGAAACACUUCUUCGCGUCCAAGUGCGAAAGGAAAUGAGGAGAUGCAAGUAAAUGCAUUUUCUAUGCCAAUGUGCAACCAUCUGCGUUCUGGAAAAUCCAGUUGCGAAAGCAGUCAAAGGAAACGAGAGUAUCUUCUCCUUUUAGUGGACUUCAUGAAACAACCCAACCGACGUCCGCUUCUACAAGAAUGUCAAGAACGUUGUUCUCUUAGACCUCCAGCACACCGUCGCAUUCUUUCACCGGCCCAAUUGGUAGUCGGCAAUGAAAGAGAAAGGAACUGCAUACCUGCGGGAUCUGUAUCAUUCUCCAGCAAGCUUGUAGAUCCCGCCCGGCCCAAUUACUGCAGAAAGCAUUAAGUCAUUUCAAUUACUCCAACUGAACAUGUCUCUUUCAGAUAAUCCGUCCGCUUAAUGUUUAUUCAUUUGCCACCCGCACUACGUUCUCUAACGAGCCGCUCGCAUUCCUGUUCUCGAUGCUAAUUAUAAGGUUGCCCUUGGAGGUCGCUGCAAAGCCAGCCUCUUUGUCACGAUCUUGGGUGGAGCACUGAGCAGGUUCGAAUUUAGGUUUUCCUGAAGGUAGUGGCCAGUUCAAAACUUUUUAUUGCAAAUGGUAAUAUUGCUGAGGAAAUUCGUAUCUCCUUAGAUAAUUUUUUUCUAAAUUGAAAUUAAUGAUAGAAGAUCUGAUUUAAAAUACGUUAUAAUUUAAAACUAUUACUCUUAAUUUUGCCUCAAAAUAGUUAAGUAUUGGAGAACUAUUAAUGAAAAAUGGUUUAAGUUUAUGGACCAAUUUUUGUGAAAAAUCGAAAUCAAACUAAACUCAAUUGUCCAAAUUACUUUCAAACUACUGCCUCUUAAUCUGUCGCCAUGUUUGAUAUCCUUUCCUUCUUCUGGACCCCUCACUCUUUUGAAGCAGACUGCUUUCUCUUCAAAAAGAAGUUGUGAUCAUCAAAUGUAUUCUCUCUAAUAUUACUUUCUAAAACUGCUUUUACUUCGUAAAAUACCUUUAAGAGAAAAUUACCUAGUAUUCUCAGUCCAGUAAUGACCACCAUCACAUCCACUCAUUGAGCCAGAAAUAAUUUACAAUCGCUUUUGCUAAGUAGAAAGAUUAUUUUGUGUCGCUUGCAUUUACGGUACUCUAUAUAUCAAACUCAUUUGCUUCUACCGAUAAUCUUGCAUUUUCCAUGUAGCAACUUAAUUUUCGUUGAGCCGCCCAGAAAGUCCCUAAUUAUUAAGGUGUACCUAUGCAAGGAUUGCUCGCUAGAGUGUGCUAUAGGUUUUAAAUAACCGUGCAGUCAGUGGCUAUUUAGUGGUAAACAUAACAGCAACUAGGGAAAGAACCCCACGAUGUUAUCUUCUCCCGUUCUGCUUGACGAAAACUAAAAGUGUACGUAAAAAAUUAGAAAACAUUUUUGCGUGUUUUUUUAUUGGAAAUAAUUUUUCUAAUUUUAGUGUAAAUAUCUCUUGUAGUAAAUUGCAUAUCGUAAAAUUGAUGCCAGUAGAUGGUCUUGAAUAUCGUGUUCAUUUGAAGCAUCUUUCGAACGAACUCAUUUGGUUUGUUACAAGAUUUAUUUUGUUAGAGUACGUUGAAUUUUCGUAAAUAAUAAUAUUAAAUUUAAUUAGUAAACUGAAUUUAUGUGAUGCAUUAAUUUUAUAGCAAUUUGUGUACACAUUAAAUUCAUUCCAAAACUAUAUAGUUUUCAUAAAUUUAAAACUUGGGGUAUAAAUCAGAGUAAAUACUAAAAUAAAUUUAAAAAAAUCACUUGUUAAAACUUUACUUGAAAUUAUCAUACUUCGGUGUUUAUUAAAUAAAUACAUGCCCUGCCAUUUAUAAUACAGAAAAUGGUUACUCCGCGUAAUUUAUAUUGCGCAAAUUAUGUCUUACGCAAUCGACGGUCAUAAGUGUACGCAGCCUAUAAAAGACGGGGCAUUAAUUAGAAUGAAUUCCAGUUUAAUUUAUCGACAAUACCACCUUUUCGUUUCAAGUAUUUGUGCAAGUGGUGUUUAAGUAACGAGUCAGUUUUAAAUAUUGUUAAAGAAGACUAUAUUGUGUACCAAGAAAGACAGUGUGAGAAAAAUCGUGAUGCGAAUAUCAAUUCAUAUUGAUUCGGAUGUCAAGAAUUUGUGAUUUUAGGUAGCGGUCGUCUCUCCCCGCUGUAUGGCGAGAUCCGGCACCAAUAUACCGUCGGCCAGCGGGGUUAUCUCUAACCAGGAGACAUAUCGACACCUAUCUAAUCAUGGAAGACGAUGUCCGUCGCAGCUCUUCGUCUGACCUGGCCUCAGUGCAUCGCGCCGGUUCAGUGUCCAUCAUAGAAAUAGGUCGAGCGUCAACGGUUCGGAGUGAAGACGGAAGUAUCAUUAGAACUUCAAAAUCAUUUACAAAAAUGUCAGUACCAACUGAUGUAAUUUUGU